AUGGCUGACGCAAAAGUUGAAACUCACGAAUUCACUGCUGAGAUCUCUCAGUUGAUGUCUUUGAUCAUUAACACAGUCUAUUCAAACAAGGAAAUUUUCUUAAGAGAAUUGAUCUCCAAUGCUUCUGAUGCUUUGGACAAAAUCAGAUACCAAGCCUUGUCUGAUCCAUCCCAAUUGGAAUCCGAACCAGAAUUGUUCAUUAGAAUCAUCCCUCAAAAGGACCAAAAAGUUUUGGAAAUUAGAGAUUCUGGUAUUGGUAUGACCAAAGCUGACUUGGUCAACAAUUUGGGUACUAUUGCUAAAUCUGGUACCAAAUCCUUUAUGGAAGCUUUAAGUGCUGGUGCUGACGUUUCUAUGAUUGGUCAAUUUGGUGUUGGUUUCUACUCCUUGUUCUUGGUUGCUGAUCACGUCCAAGUUAUCUCCAAACACAAUGACGACGAACAAUACGUUUGGGAAUCUAACGCUGGUGGUAAGUUCACUGUUACUUUGGAUGAAACUAACGAAAGAUUGGGUCGUGGUACCAUGUUGAGAUUGUUCUUGAAGGAAGAUCAAUUGGAAUACUUGGAAGAAAAAAGAAUCAAAGAAGUUGUCAAGAAACACUCUGAAUUCGUUGCUUAUCCAAUCCAAUUAGUUGUCACCAAAGAAGUUGAAAAAGAAGUUCCAGAAACCGAAGAAGAAGACAAAGCUGCUGAAGAAGACGACAAGAAACCAAAAUUGGAAGAAGUCAAGGAUGAAGAAGACGAAAAGAAAGAAAAGAAGACCAAGACUGUCAAAGAAGAGGUUACUGAAACUGAAGAGUUGAACAAGACCAAACCAUUAUGGACCAGAAACCCAUCUGAUAUCACUCAAGAUGAAUACAAUGCAUUCUACAAGUCUAUUUCCAACGACUGGGAAGACCCAUUGGCUGUCAAACACUUUUCUGUUGAAGGUCAAUUAGAAUUCAGAGCUAUCUUGUUUGUUCCAAAGAGAGCUCCAUUUGAUGCCUUUGAAUCCAAGAAGAAGAAGAACAACAUCAAAUUAUACGUCCGUAGAGUGUUUAUCACUGAUGAUGCUGAAGAGUUGAUUCCAGAAUGGUUAAGUUUCAUCAAGGGGGUUGUCGAUUCCGAAGACUUGCCAUUGAACUUGUCCAGAGAAAUGUUGCAACAAAACAAGAUUUUGAAAGUUAUCAGAAAGAACAUUGUCAAAAAGAUGAUUGAAACUUUCAAUGAAAUCUCUGAAGACCAAGAGCAAUUCAACCAAUUCUACACUGCUUUCUCCAAGAACAUCAAAUUGGGUAUUCAUGAAGAUGCUCAAAACAGACAAUCUUUGGCUAAAUUGUUGAGAUUCUACUCUACCAAAUCUUCUGAAGAAAUGACUUCCUUGUCUGACUACGUUACUAGAAUGCCAGAACACCAAAAGAAUAUCUACUACAUCACUGGUGAAUCCAUCAAAGCCGUUGAAAAAUCACCAUUCUUGGAUGCCUUGAAAGCUAAGAACUUUGAAGUCUUGUUCAUGGUGGAUCCAAUCGAUGAAUAUGCCAUGACUCAAUUGAAGGAAUUUGAAGACAAGAAAUUGGUUGAUAUUACCAAAGACUUUGAAUUGGAAGAAAGUGACGAAGAAAAAGCUGCUAGAGAAAAGGAAAUCAAAGAAUACGAACCAUUGACCAAAGCUUUGAAAGAUAUUCUUGGUGAUCAAGUUGAAAAAGUUGUUGUUUCCUACAAACUUGUUGAUGCUCCAGCUGCCAUUAGAACUGGUCAAUUUGGUUGGUCUGCCAAUAUGGAAAGAAUCAUGAAGGCUCAAGCUUUGAGAGACACCACCAUGUCUUCUUACAUGUCCUCUAAGAAGACCUUUGAAAUUUCUCCAUCUUCCCCAAUUAUCAAGGAAUUGAAGAAGAAAGUUGAAACCGAUGGAGCUGAAGACAAGACCGUUAAGGACUUGACCACUUUGUUGUUUGAUACUGCAUUGUUGACUUCUGGUUUCACCUUGGACGAACCAUCCAACUUUGCCCACAGAAUUAACAGAUUGAUUGCCUUGGGAUUGAAUAUUGACGAUGAUUCAGAAGAAACUGCUGUUGAACCUGAAGCUACUACUACUGCCUCAACUGACGAACCAGCUGGAGAAUCUGCUAUGGAAGAAGUUGAUUAA